AGAAUCCCGACUUGAGUCAAGUCUAUAACCAGCCUGGAAAGAGCAUACGCAGCGAGCAGAAUGUGACCCCCGCUAAUGUGAUGGGGAUUCCCCGACGUUUUACAAUGGCCGUGCGAAAUCGUGGCAUUUCUCACGACAUUGUGCAAUGACAGACUGCGUUCACAUAAACACUGCUGUUUAUGCUCAUGUACAGUACAUCUACAUGCGUCACACGUUGUCAGUGGCACCUUUUGCUCGGACAGGGAGCCUGAGGAUUGGGCUCACUACCGUAAGGGAAUCCCAGCAUUUUACAAGGUGAUCAUUUGGAUUCAGAGCACCAGACCAUCUGCUUUACUAACCGAUGAUGUCUUCGUCGAUUACUCGUCGAGAAUGUUUCAAAAUCCUGGAUCUACCACCCGAUGCCACCUCAGAGGCCAUCAGGCAGGCGUACCGUACAAAAGCAAAAGACUGCCACCCGGACAAGAACCCUGACGACCCUGAGGCCACGGCGAAAUUUCAGGAGAUUAGCCAAGCCUAUCAGAUACUCAGAAAAGAUUUCCAUAAUCCUACUCUCAAUGAUGACAGUGACAGUGAUGACGAAGGUUUCUCCUUUCUGGACCUUUUGCUGCUUUUCCAGCGAGAGAUGCUACGCGAAGAAUUACGAAGAAGGGAGGCCAUGAGGCGUGAAGCAUUCUUCAGGACAUUGUUUGGAGUUCCGCUCUUUUCACCACGCAUGCGCACCUAUGAAGACGACGAUGAUGACUUUUUCUUCAUGAACAACAACGUAUUCAGACCGAAAUACAGUGACCGGGCACAUCAGCAACCAGCAAGCAGCGACCAGAGCACAUCAGGUGAACGGCGAUACCAUCAAACUCGACCCCAAGUUCACACUCCGUCAAGUAAUUAUCGUCAGCGAAAGCAACGUCCACCAAGCCCUCCCUGGGCCUCCUAUACUCCCCAUCGAUCCCGCGAGCAGCCCCAGAGGGCCACGCCUCGACGGAGUGAGAACACCAAGCCAGCAGGCCAGCCUAAAGCGGACUGCGGGCCUUCUGAGAACUCCCACAACUUCUCCUACCGAUCCUACAAAUCACAGCAGCAUGAUGUGCGGCCAGAAAGCGGAGAGGCAACUCCCGACCCUCCUCUGGAUGCGCAACCACAGCAUCCACGACCUAGCGAGCCGGCCAAGCAUGCGCCUCAGGAAGACGCAACAAGCCCUGCAGAGGAACUAAGCCAAGGCACAGGGGAGACUGUCAGUAAAGUGGCUGAUAGCGAAUGGAGCCAGCGUUCCAAUGCGUUCACCAAGUCAUAUCAGAACAAACUUUGGAGAAAGCCCCAAAAAGCGCCUGCCUAUGUCGUCAGCACUCCGGCGAAAAUGACCAAGAAGCAACUGUUGGCCCAGCAUAACAGACGUCAGAAAGAGGCUAAUGACAUCGGCAUAGAACUUCGUGCUAAAGCCGAAGCAAAUAUGAAGCUGAAAGAACAACUGAAGAACAAUGUUAAAGGGAAAGGAAACAUAGCAUAGCUGAGUGGUAGAGGGGAUAAAGGAAGCGAAAACUGUGCUGGAUAUGGCAUUUAUUUUCUGAACAAUAUUGUUGUAAACGUUUUCUCUCGCUACUAAAUCUUUACUAUUAAAUGUAUCAGUAUAUGUAAAGUUUUUAUAUAAUAUUCAGCGAGACAAAGUGUAUCUUAAUAUAGAUAUUUGAAAAUAGUAGCUUAAAUCCACAGAAAAUAUGUAAAAAGAAGUUCCCUGUAUUUCAUCAUAUUCAGGCAUUUCUGGUUAAAUGUAUACACCCCAUAGCGGGGAGUUGCUAAAACUAAAGAAAUAACUCAUGGUGUAUAGACGACUAGAAUUAGACACCGUAUUAUUACUGUGGGACCAUCCAGUGCGCACGCAUGUGGUACCACGCGCGUUGCAUUCCUCUCGAACCGAUAGGAUGUUGUGACAGGGCAAAAAAGACGUGCGUUGGCUAAAGUUAAAACCUGUGCGUGAGUGUGAUGGCCCCACUUGAAACGCGUCUACUUGGAUUUAUCUAAACCGGGAUAACCCUUGUUAUUUGAGUCUUCGUGCGAAUGUCUCGUUUAUCAUCUGUAAUCACUUCGUAAUAAUAAUAAUUACAAAACAACUGAAGGACGUACUUAUGCAAUGCCAUCUUUAUAUGAAAUCUAUCUAACAUAUAUGCCCCUGUCUACAAUAUUGUUAAUGUUGGGUUUACCGUUUACGAACACGGAAGCAUUUUUAUCUCGGAGGCAUUUUCAUACCAAGUAUUUGUUACGUUUUCGUAAGCCUACGUCAUCUUCGAUGAAACCUUGUUAUUAGCUGUUUCGGCGACUUUGCGGAAACAACUUUUGUUUUCCUUAAGAAUUUUUUUGGUUUUUUUUUUCGCAAUUUU